CUGUGACUCUAUUACAAAACGGUGCGGUGUUCGGACGCGGAUAAGCUGAAGCUGGUGGUCGAGAGAUAUAUAACAAAAUUAGAUCAGUGCAAGUACAAGGAAAUAAAAUAGAAAGAAAGCAACAAAAAAAACCCAAUUUGAGUCGUUUUGUGUAAUUUUUUUUAACAUUUUCGUUACAUAUACUUUUUGCCCAUUCUCCGUACGUGUGUGCCAGCCGACCAUCCUUAUUCCGGCUAGUUCAUUUUAUAUUUAGUUAGUUUUUUGUCUUUUUCGACCGAUAUCGCACAUCGUAAUUAAUUGCCUUUGUCACUGUAAGUAGUUGAUGCAUCUCACCAUGGAGUCACUUUUGAUGGAAAUGGUACGCCCGGUUACCUCGGGCAGUCGCCAGGCACCUGAUCCAUUCGACCAGUAUCUGGAGUGUCACGGGCUCUACCGCAAGCACACGGCCCGCGACGCCUCCAGCCUGUUCCGUGUGAUUGCCGAGCAGAUGUACGACACCCAGCAUCUGCACUAUGAGCUGCGUCAGGAAUGUGUUCGCUUUAUGACACGCAAGCGUCGCAUGUUCGACCAGUACAUUAACGGAAAUUUCGACAAGUAUUGCAGAGAGUUGGCCAAGCCCAAGACCUACGGCACCAUGCUCGAGCUGCGGGCCAUGUGCCUCAUAUAUCGCCGUAAUGUGAUCCUGUAUGAGCCCUUCAACUUGGGUGCUGGUGUGACCUUUAAUCACCGCUUUGUGGACAACUUUCGCGUGUUCUACACCAAUGAGAACCACUUUGAUUCCGUAUUUGAGCGCGAGUGCAUGGCGUCGGCAGCCGUUUGUCAGUCAAUCACUUUCAAGCUGCUCUACCAGUCGCUGUUCAAGCUGCCCGACGUGAGCUUUGCUGUGGAGAGUAUGCUCCAUCCGGACAACUUCAAGUGGGACUUUUUCAAGGCCGAAUUCGACCACAGGGGCUAUAUGGUGCGGCUGCGCUGUAGCGAUGGCCGCUACUUCCCGCUGGACCUACCAGAGCUCACAAAAUGCAUUCUGGAGAAUUACAAGCUGUGUAAAUUUCAUAACAGCAGAAGAACAGGGAGCAGCCACCUUAGCCUGUGCAACGGCAACGACGAUGGCGAGGGCAAAGUCGUAUGCGAGUCGGGUGAGAAGCCGCCAGAGCAUGACUUACUGCAAAUGUGUCCGAAUCGUUAUGUCUCGUGUGUGCGUCAGCUGCUGGAUGAUGGUAUCACUCCGUUUCCAUACAAGGUGGCCAAGUCCUUGGACCCAGAUAUGUAUCGCAAUGUGGAAUUUGAUGUUUGGAAUGACAUACGCAAGGAGACAAAGCGUCACAGUGUCUAUAACAAUGAUUACAACUUUAAGGUGGGCGCCAAGUGUCUGGUGGAGUUCAGGGUGCAGAACCAAGCAUGCCACUACACGGCCUACAUACAGAGCAUCAACAUCAGAAAGAACGAGUGUGUUGUGUUUGUGGAGAAAUUUGGCAGAAAGAUUUUGGCACCCUAUGACACGCUACAUCCGGUGGCACCCGAAGAUUUUCAUCCCUGGCAGAUGCCCUAUCGCCACCACAUGCACCAGCACCAGCAGCAGCAGCAGCAGCGGCAAAUGCAACGCGAUCACAUGACCAAAUACUUUAACAAAAACAAGUUGCAAAAGUGGAAGAAAUCCAAGCAGAUGGACCCGAGCACAUACUUACAGCCACAUCCAGAGAUACAGCCGCAGCCGCGUCUUCUACGACACUCGCAGCAUUCGCGCCCUCGUGAAGACUCGAUGGAUCGUGCAUACAAAAGCAUGCUAGCAAUCAUUAAUCUCGAGCCGGAACAGGAGAAGGAGCAGACCCAAACGCAAACGCAGGAUCAGGAACAGGAGCAGCAGCAGCAACAGAAGUCUUUGCCUUUGAAAUCCGAGACGCGUGAGCGUGAUGAGCGGGUCCUAAAAUGGCGUCAGACGACAUCCAAUAAAUCACAGAAGCCAUCAGCCACUGGGAAACUAUCGGCCACAGCAACGGAAGGCGCUUUAGGAGCUACUCACUUUGUGAACUUUAUGCCGCUGAUGGGAGUGGGCGGUGGCCAGGUCCCACCACCACUGCCAGCCUGGGCAGGCUCUGGGCUAGCCGUGCCCGAGGAGGCUUAUCGCUUUCCCAUGCCACCGCCGCCGCCAUCAAUGCUGCCCUUCGCUGGAUAUGCACCAACGCCGCCGGGUUCUAUUGCCUUGCAUCCGCAGCUACCGUUUAUGCCGCUGCCACCGCCGCCACAGCCGAACCGUGCAGCUCCAUCGCUACAUACCCCGCACCCGUUUGAGGGACAGCCACGUCGCUCAUUUAUGAGUCGCGGGGAUAUGCCGCCAGAUAUGGAAACACUAAGAUACUUCUACAACAUGGGCGUGGACAUGCAUCUUCGCAUGUCGACGGUCGGAAUGGAAUCGGAGUUGAAUGCUGGCGGACUAGAGGAGCAAUUGGGCAGCCUCAAUGUGACCCCACCGCUCACACCCGAUGCCGGUGAGCAGGACAAGGUCAAUCCGUUUGGGUCCAAGCGCGGCCCCAAGUUACGCGGCAAGCAUCCAGAGCAGCUGAAAGACCUAAACGAUAAGCUGUCACAGGCAGUGUCUCUCUUGCCCACACCCACGGCAACGCCAUCGCCCAGUGCCAGUGGCGGCAGGGCGUUCAGCUUCUUUAGCUCGUCGCCGGGCGGCUUGCCACUGUCGCCGACUCAUCUGGUGACACCGUCAGGGCCGCCAAUAUUCUUUCAACCAGGACUGCCACAGCUAACCACACUGCCCAGAGGCGGUACUGGAGGACAGAAUCACUAUGCCUGGCCCUUGUCGCCCACAAUGGUGCCUGCGGCCGCUGCUCCGCCACUCUUUGAAGUGAUCAACAACUUCUCCAACGAUGUCAAGCCGCUGCAUCAGCCGAAGAAACAGCAGCAGGCGGCCACCAAGUCUUCCCCGGCCAACAAACAGGUAGCAGAUGCCUAUGCUUCAACUCGUCAUCAAUAAAAGGGGGGAAAGACAACAAAGGAUCACCUGAAAGACCCAACACCAAACCAGCCACCAACCAUCCACCAGCCAAAACACUCCAACAGAAUGAUCCUAAAUUUGACUUGCAUUUUUUAAAAAUUCACUCAAUCGCUUUUUAAAUUUGUAGACUUUUUAACACCCGUAAAGUAUAGCCCUCAAGCAACUACCAUAACUGUAUACGAUAUAUAUAUAUUUUUUUAAAACGCACGCCACAAAUAGCAUGAGGGAUCCAUCCUAGGAGCACAAGUUGAACCCCCACAGGAGAUUGCACGGCCAGGCUCAAGUUCAAUUUUAAAUCUUCACUUUUAUGCAAUUUUAUUAGUUCUAAACAACACAACAGAACACUUAAGAACCAUUUGCUUAACGAAAUGAUAUUUAAUCCAACAUUUAAACUACAACAAUUCUACAUAAA